AUGGCGCCCGCGCGGGAAUCCCCUGAUCACUCCUCAGAUGACAGUAUGGAGGAGGCCGCUGAAGCAAGGAGCACUAGAUGGGAGAGUACUCCACCUCCUGAACAAAUGCCGGCAAGCAAAGCAGACAUCAUCCAUCUGCUUAAGGAGCUUAAAGCUCAAUCAGCAGCAGACGUGGCCCUAAUCAGGGAAGAUCUGGGUGCCAUGACAGCCCGCAUACAGGCUGUGGAGGUGAAUGAAGCUGCCACUACAGCCAAAAUUGAAACCCUGCAAAGGGAAAUGGCCCAAAUGAAGAAGACCAGCACUAUAUUAGAAAAUAAAGUGGCGGCACUGGAAGACGCUAAGCGCCAGUGA